AUGAUUGUUGCUGAGUAUGCCGCUAAGUUCGAAGAGUUGGUGAAGUUUUGUCUAUACUAUAAUUGUGCGGCUGCUGAGGGGUCGAUGUGCAUCAAGUUUGAAAGAAGACGGCAUCCUGAGAUCAAGAAAGUGGACGAGUUUGUGAAGGAUGAGGCUGACAUGUUUAUGAUAUUAGCUUCUGUGAAGGUUGAAAGUAAAGUUAUGAUUGAGGAAUUACUAGUGGUGUCUGAUUUUCUAGAAGUGUUUCCUGAUGACAUCAUUGAUUUGAUGCCGGAGCGUGAGGUUGAGUUCUCCAUAUACUUAGUAACUGGUACUCGUCUGGUGUCGAUGGCUCCUUAUAGAAUGUAUGCUUUAGAGCUAAGCGAGAUGAAGAAGCAAUUAGAAGAGUUACUUGAGAAAAUGUUUGUUCAACCGAGUGUUUCUACAUGA